AUGGCCGCCAACGACCCAGCGGCGCCUGCUAAUAUGGGCGGACGAUCCGACCGACGUUCUCCCCCUCCUGCUUCUCACUCCAAGCGAGAUCGCAAGAGGCAAGCUCUUAUGGAACGACUCUCCAGUAUGACCGACAAGUUCCACCGGGAGCGGGAUAUGACAUACCGCGACCAGCUGCAGAAAAUCCAAUUCGACAUCAAUCUCGUUCAGCGCUUCGAUCCCUACGAUCCCAAGAUUCUCCAGGUCAUCGGCGAGCUUCAGCAGGAACAUACGAAUACUCAGGGCCCUCCGGUUCACGCCGAGGAUGCUCGAAGCUUGCUGGACAUGGCCGGCAUUCGGUUUUCUGAUUUUAUGGCCGAGAUUGAAGAUCUCGUAGAAAUUCGUGACUUUCAACUGACACAGUCCAAGAACGAGUACGAACGAAGACUUCGAGAAUACGAAAACACUUUUGCCUACAAGGUCGAAACCGCAAAGCGCGAGCACAAGGCUCUUACGAGUACUCUCCGCGAUCGGUUAAUCAACACCCUUACCCACAAGAAGAAUCGACUUAAUCGCGAGAAGGAGGUGUUGGAAAUCAACGACUCCAAUGCAUUGCUACUUAAUCCGAACCAGUUCAGCCUGACCAACCCUGCAAGUCCCGGCGGUCCCCACGGCAAGCGAGCCACACGUUUGCGUAAGGACGCUGACGAUUUGCAAAUGUACUCGGACAACAAGAAGCGGAAGCGGAACGCCAACGACGACGACGGCUCGCCUGUCCCGACUCGACGUGCCCUUGACAACCACAACACCACUCCUCUUUGGCAGUCUGAGAAGGCUCGCGCUGCUGCCAAGCAGAACGGUCCCGUCUACAGUAUUGACAAGCUGUUUACCGACAAGGAGCUGUCGCUCAACUACAACACAGCUGCUCUCGCUGCGCAUCAAUACAUUCUUCGCAACCGCGUGAAUGGCAGCGGCGGGUCACCGGAUGAUAGUGACUCUGGUCAGGGCGAUGCCAACGGCGACCAGGACGUUGAUUCUCUGCCUUCGGCUCCUGCAAUGGAGCGCUCCGUCUCUCACGCCACUCGUAGCAACCGUGGCGGCGCUGCCCAGAACUUCAUUGACAGCAAUAUUCUCGGUGUUGAGGGUGUCGCCAACUUUGAGGUUAACAACCUAGACAUUUUGCACUCCCAAGAGCCACCCAAGAUGCCUCCUCCCGUGCCUCAGCAGUACCUCAAGCCUUACCCUCGUACCGCCGAUCAGAACUUCCCUGUUCCCCUGUCAAAUGACGACAUUACCUCUGAUCUGUCGGUCAUGGGCUACUUCAAGCAGUACGAUGCUGCACACAAACCCGGAGCUCAUCUGGACAACCCAGCUGGAAUGCGUAAGGUUCUUGCAGCUGUGGCGGUACCUUACCAGAACUCCCAGUACGUGGCCUUCACCAGCGCUCCACGAGAAGACCCAGAACACCUCCGCGAUUCUCUUGGUCUGCCUGCCAUCAGCAGCCUGCGAGAUCAGCCUAGCCCUGCGAACGCUGCCGCAGCCCCUACAGUGGCUGCCCUGUCAAGUGCUGCAGUGCCAAUGAGCCGCCAGAGUAGUGCCGGCGGCGUUGCCAUGAGCCGUCAGGGAAGCAGCAACACCCGUGGCAAGGGACGCAAGUAA